GUCAACAUGACUCUCCUUCAGGCUGGUACACUUGUCCUAACCAUCCUUGUAACUAUCCAAGCAAGUGCUUUACACAAGGAAGAUAUUCCAGAAGUUCGCUAUGAACCAAGCUGGGCUUCCAUAGAUUCCCGCCCCCUUCCUCCAUGGUACGAUGAAGCUAAACUUGGAAUCUUCAUCCACUGGGGAGUGUUCUCCGUUCCAAGUUUUGGUUCUGAGUGGUUCUGGGAACGCUGGCAGGGGACGGAUCCGAAAGAGAAGGAAGCAAAAUAUGCCGACUUUAUGAAGAACAACUAUAGACCAGACUGGACCUAUGCAGAUUUUGCUCAAGAUUUUACAGCUGAAUUCUAUGAUGCCAACGCAUGGGCAGAACUAUUUGCAGAUGCUGGAGCUAAGUAUAUUGUAUUUGUAAGCAAGCAUCAUGAAGGUUUCUGCAACUGGCCAACCAAUGUCUCCUUCAACUGGAACUCCCAGAUGGUUGGACCAAGAAGAGACAUUGUGGGUGAGCUGGCCCAGGCCAUCCGCAGCAAGACAGACCUCCACUUCGGUGUGUAUCAUUCUCUGUUUGAAUGGUUCAACCCCAUCUAUCUGAAGGAUGCUGCCACCAACUUCACAACUCAGGAGUUUGUGCUGACCAAGACAUUGCCAGAGUUGUACGAGCUCGUCAACAUCUACAAGCCCGACAUUGUAUGGUCUGAUGGAUCUGCAGGACCAGACACAUACUGGGAUGCUACAAAGUUUCUUGCCUGGCUGUACAAUGACAGUCCUGUCAAGGAUACUGUGGUGACGAAUGACCGUUGGGGAAGCAAUGGUAUAGUAUGUCAUCAUGGGGGAUUCCUCACCUGUUCAGACAGGUACAAUCCAGGCACACUUCAGCAUAGGAAGUGGGAGAAUGCCAUGACAAUAGACAAGCAGUCCUGGGGGUUCCGACGAGAAGCCGUCUUGGAAAAUUUUCUCACCAUGGAGGAUAUUAUUGAAACCUUUGUGGAAACUGUAAGCUGUGGUGGCAACAUGCUUAUCAAUGUUGGUCCUACCAAGUAUGGCAUGAUUACACCGAUCUAUGAGGAGAGACUACGAGGCCUGGGACAGUGGCUGAAGGUCAAUGGAGAAGCUAUCUACAGCAGCAAACCUUGGUCCCAUCAGAACGAUACCGUCACUCCUCGUGUUUGGUACACACAGAAUGAAGGUAGUGUCUAUGCUACCAUAUUUUCUUGGCCUAACGGAACCACAAAUAACCUUGCCCUUGGUGCCCCAGUGCCCUCUUCUGGCACAACGGUCACCCUUCUAGGAUACCAGGGCCAGUUCACCUGGGACAAGCGGUCAUCUGGUAGGAUGACAAUCAACGUUCCUGCCAUCCCUGUCAACCAGAUGCCAUGUCAGUGGGGCUGGGUCUUCAAACUUACUGACAUCACCAACUGAAACACUGGGAGACACCAAUAGCGUACACUUAAUUCUCUUUGAUGAUUGGACUUUAUAUCAUUUCACUUUGCAGUCAUGUUUACCAGUACACAGAGUACGUAAGACAGUGGCUAGAGUAAAGAAUAAGAUAUUGAUAUAGAUCAAUUCCUGCCAUGAACAGAGAGAAAAAAUAAAGAGAACAUAUAAGUUUUCCUUCUUGGUUAUAAACUUGAUACUUCUGAUAGUUGGACUGUAAUUAUCUGACAGUGGAAUUGAUUGGUAGAACACAAAUCUUCAUUGUCAAGACUGUAUACCACAGGUAAAUAAAUUCUGGUUUAAUCUC